UUACCCAUCAAUUUCCGUCACCUCUCAAUUUCAAUUCCAUCCAAUACCGCAACGCCGUCAAUUUGCCUCGCCCAUUCAUAUACUUUAUAAUCUCCCAUCCAAUUAAUAACCUAUAGUCAAGAUGGUUCAGCUCCAAGAAGUCGAGGACGAGCACUACGCCCAGGAGAAGCCCCAGGCCACCAAGAACAACGUCCUUCUGGCCUCGGAUGACGAGGAUGACGACUACACUGAUACCGCUUGCUCCCAGCCCGUGUUUCCGGCGGCACUUGCUGCGCCGACCACACUGCUGGCCCAAACACACCGCGUGGCCUUCCUGAUUCCGACUUGGAGACCACAUUUUUUAACCGAUGCUCUAACAUGUAUAACGAAUCUAGAGUCUGAGAUCUCCGAGGACUCCGAUGUCGAGCUCGAUGGCGAGACCUUCUACGAGCGUCUGUCCGCUCUGAAAGAUAUCAUCCCUCCCUCCGCCCGCCGCCAGGUCAACAGCACAGUUUCCUCUAUCACCUCAUUCACAAAGUCCAGUCUCAUGUUCAGCGGUAGGGCACUCUGGGUUAUCAGCACCAGUGCCUUCCUUGUCGGUAUCCCAUUCGCGCUCGCCUAUGCGGAGGAGGAGCAGUAUGUACAGAUGGAGCGUGAGCAGGGCAUGAUCAAGGGUGCCAACGAGAUGCUCACCCCCGGAGCGAUCUCCGAGGAGCAGAAGCAGGCUCAACCUACUCUGUAAAUGGACAUCGCUAGCGAAGGCAAAGACUGCAACAGGUGUCAAUGAUCAACCAUUUACAGCCUUAGCCUAUAGUCUAUGCUCGAACCGCCUGUUGCUUUAGAGCCUGCUGUACGCCAUCGGUCUGCCUGGGGCAGAUCAGUGUGACAACAAUGACCCUGUCUGGUGUUCCCGAUAUACGCAAAUCGAACCACGCGUCAAAUAGAUUUGAAAACAGUAAAAUUAUUAAAAACUGCAAUGCAUGACCACACAAUCCGCAUGCGUUCUGAAAAGGGUAUACAAAGCAUCCGAUUGAACAAUCGCCUGCGAUUUCCAAAAUAUAAUUUAUGGGUGGGCCGGCGCGGCAAUAAAAAGAAUGGGCUUAAUGGUUGGGGGAAUGGCUUUCAUCCAUCUGUCAUUUCGGAGUCUUCGAUCCUUCUAUGUACCUUUUUUCUUCUCCCCUCAUGCCUCUGUUUCUGGAAGUCCUGGAGCGGGCAAUGCAUGUAUUUGUAUAACUCAUACUGAUUCCUUUUCUUUUUCGUUUCGCUGAUGUCGUUUGUUACUUAUUUUGGUCAACGUAUGCCUAGAUAAUGGAACGUGAAUGA